CUUAUGUACCUGCACCCGGAUAAGACACACACAGAGCUGGGAAUGCGAGGUUAUGGAUCAGAGCUCCACGUCACAAUGUUCGGCAGGGUCUGGAUCACCCCCAAGGAUCUGUCCUUGCACAACUGGCACUCCAUUUGCAUGACCUGGUCCAAGUCUAUGACCAAGCCAAAAGUCUACAUCAAUGGAACUGAGGUGGUUUUAUAUCCUCAGUCUAAAGAUGUGGCUCUGCAUCCGGACUGCUGCACUGUGGCCGCCGGUGGCACUUUGACUUUAGCUGUGGCUCACUUUUUUGUGAAUGACAAAUUCGACAUCGAGACUGGUACUGAUCUGAAGGGCAGCAUAAGUCUGUUUAGGGUGUGGGGACACGUGCGCAGUGCUCAGGAAAUUUCAGAAAUAGCCUGCUAUGAUGGAGAUGUUCUCCACUGGGAGGAACGAAUCUGGAAUAAAGUCAAGAACUGUCAGCCUGUACAAGAUGUCACGCAAGAGUGUGACUGGCCCUUUUAUGAAGUAAAACUGGUGCUUCUCAUCCUCCGUGAAGACGGAAACAAAACACAUGAUUAUGAUGCUAAAGAGGUUGCACACCAGUUGCUGACACAAGCAUUAGCAGAGUUGGAAUUGUGGCCGACAUACAUAUAUUUGAACAGUGUCCGAGUGUUUCCUAAAGGAGGCUCUUAUACAGACCAAAGUGGAAAUCCAGAGAAGAGAUCCAUAAUGCUGUGGUCCACCAUGCCAGGACUUAGCCAGUUUGACUGUGUGGCUCACAUUAACGUGAUUCCUAGGGCUGAUGUAGGACAAAUACAGGAAGAAGUUUCCAAGGUCCUCACCAAGGAUCGUGAAAUAGACCACUACAGAAUAUCUACAGAUCCCAGCUUCAUUUUCGUAUACCCUCUUGACCAUCUCUUGCCAGAUCCAGAAACAAAACCUCCCAUAAAAUUGACCACAUCUUUUCCUCCAACAACUCAAACAACACCAUCCACAACUCCUGAGCCGAUGACUACGACCAUUACUGCAAAAACAGAAAGCACAACUGCCAUACAAAUGGAAACAACAACAGUUAUUUCAUCCUCAACUGAUACAACAAUUUCAAGCUCCACGACAUCCAUUCAAACAACUCUGGCAAAAAGCUCCUCGACGCUUAAAGAAACAACUCUUUUAUCCUCCACAACAACUCGUGCAUUAAACACGACUGCAUGCUUUUCUACAGUUUUACCUGAAGGAAACAAAUCAGAUAUUUUUUUCAAGGUCAACGUCAAUGUAACCAUCACAGGCCCUGGUGAACCCAAGAAUAUCAUUCAACUCUGGCUUAACGAUACACUUUCUAGUAAAGGAAUAUCAGUGUUGAACUUCAAACUUGUUCCCUCUUCAACACACACACGAAAAAGAAGUGUGGAUACAAAUGCAUUCACAGUGGAUAGAAAGAGUCCCUUGCACUCAGGAAAAAGGCACAGCUGUGUCUUUCACGCCCGGGUAACAACGUCUUCAAACAUCACAGAGACACAAAUACUGAUUCAUGGGCUUCUGGAGAAAGCAUACUGCAGAGGACUUGCAUGCUUGGAUGCCAAACCUGAGGAUAUUUUAAUUUCUUACAUCGUGCCCUGUCCUGAGCACAACCAUUACACCAGACAGGGGCUUUUCAGAUGGCCCCAAACAGUGGCUGAGCACAACAUCUCGCAUCCCUGUGAGGGAAACCCUAGUAAGACAGCAUACCGGCAAUGUUAUCUGGAUGCGGACUCAAACAGUGCUCUCUGGACGUCUCCAGACCUGGGGCAGUGUCAGGUUGUAGUCCACAGUGUGUCAGAUCUGGAAGACAUCACAGUCACUAAUGACAAUGCAGAAGACAUUCUGAUCAUGAUCGAGGAUUUGAUUCAUGAGAAAAAGCAUCUGGAUGAGUUUGAGCUCUCAACAGUAUUGAAUAAACUAGUGGAUGUGAUUAACGUUAGUACGAUCACUCCUCCGCUGGGAGAAGUCAUUAUCAACAUCACGUCUGACAUCCUGCAGUCUGACAGCAACCUGCUGCCUUUCACCAACAGCAUUCUGAACAUCACAGAGUCUGUCGGAGACCAGAUGUUAGGGUUUAAAGGAGAGUCGGUCAGUUUAACAGCUCCUGCCUUGGCAAUAUCUGUAGUCAAUAUUGACCAAGGAAAUUUUCACAACCUCACAUUUGGAGUUUCUUCCACUAACAAAGGCUUUAAUCCUGAGGUUUAUAUCAACCAAGAGCCUUUUGAUGGCACAGUGGCCUUCAUUUCUCUUCCCUCUGAAAUACAAGAGAGAUUCCCCAUCAUAAACGACAGCAGCCCUCGCAUUCAGUUUCAGUUUUAUGGUGUUCCAACUCUCUUUCAAACAAAGGAUGAUCCAGAUGGGAAAAAACUGAACACUUUUGUGGUGUCUGCCAGUGUGACUAAUGCCACAGGACCCAUUGAAAACCUUAAAGAAUAUGUUGCAGUCACUCUACACCACCUACAAACUAAGACAAAGGACCAGGAUGUCCAUUGUGUCUACUGGGAUUUCAAUAAGAAUGAUGGAUAUGGAGGAUGGAGUCCAAAGGGGUGCUGGACGUAUAAUAUCAGCAAGGAUUACACAACCUGUCUAUGCGACCACAUGACCCACUUUGGAGUGCUGGUGGAUGUUUCCAGAACUCCUAUUGAUGCGAAGAACGAGCGAAUCCUCACUAUUAUCACAUACAUGGGCUGUGGUGUGUCUUCAUGCUUUCUUGGGAUCACAGUGUUAACCUACAGCCUCUUAGAGAAGUUAAGGAGGGAUUACCCAUCCAAAAUACUGUUAAACUUGUCCCUUGCUUUACUGGGACUGAACCUGGUGUUCCUGUUGAACUCCUGGAUUUCUUCUUUUGGCAACUACGGCCUUUGCAUUGCUGUAGCGGCCACUUUACACUAUUUCUUACUGACGUCCUUUACCUGGAUGGGCUUGGGAGCUGUGAAUAUGUACUUUGCUCUGGUCAAAGUGUUCAAUGUGUACGUGCCCUCAUACAUUUUGAAGUUCUGCCUGCUUGGCUGGGGGAUUCCACUUAUAAUUUGUGGCUUGGUACUGGCUAUAAAGAGAGAUGCGUAUGGCCUAAGUGAUUCCCAAUCUACCCUGGAUGACUCCGAAAUGUUCUGCUGGGUGCAAAACGAUGUGGUUUUCUACGUGUCGGUAGUGAGCUACAUAGCCUUCAUACUGCUGUGCAAUGGCUCCAUCUUCCUAGUGGUUCUGAUUCAGAUCAGAAAUAUGCAAGUCAAUCAGCCGGCUGGAACCCGAAGUGGGAUCUUGAAGGACCUGCGGGCUGUGGCAAGCCUUACCUUCUUGUUGGGUCUCACCUGGUCUGUGGCUUUUCUUGCUUGGGGUCCUAUCAAAGUGUUCCUCCUCUACCUGUUCUCCAUACUGAACAGCCUACAAGGAUUCUUCAUUUUUGUGUUCCACUGUCUCGUGAAGGAAAAUGUGCGCAAGCAAUGGAGAAUACAUUUAUGUUGUGGUGCUUUCAAGCUGCAGGAGUACUCCGAAUGGAGCCAAACUGCAACUGUGGUUCCAAAACACAAACCCAAUCCACCAAAUACAUUCCCCUUCAUAGCAUCUGUGAGGUCAAUCAAGUCUAACUCGACCCAAAGCUCAACAGUUUCUUCAGAAUCCAGCCAACGUCAAGUGACUAUCACAAGACCAGACCUGGGGUUUGUGUAUGAAAACAGUUUGGCAAUACCAAGAGCCAGAGCAGGACUAUCCCAUGAGGUGUCUCCUACCACAGGAAGUGGGUUUGAGUUUCCUUCAAGGUCAUGGAAGAGUGGAUUCGACAAUCAAUUAAUUGAUGUAAAAUGAUUUGUUUACAUAGCUCUGUGCUGAAACAGUUCUUUUUUUCUGGUAACUUACUGUUAAAAAUAAAACUCGGCUGUUCAGAAAAAGAAUCUUUUAGAUUUUAUUAGAAUAUAUUUUAAUCGGACAAUGGAUUAGACACAGAAAUGUAUCUCAAAUUAAUGUAAAAUGAUUUGUUUGUAGCUCUGUACUGAAACACUUCUUUUUGGUACUUACUGUAAAAAAUGAUACAUGGCUGUUCAUAAAAUGAUGUUUUAGAUUAUAUUAGAAUAUCUUAACGUUUUGUUUUUCAUCAAAUAGCAAUAUUUAGAAAAACCUGUCUGAUGUAUGAUGAGCUGUACAUAUGCACCUACUCUUAUGUCAUUCCAAACAAUUAUGUCUAAAAUGUGUAACAUGUUUGUAAAAAAAAAAAUGUAGAAAUAAAUCUAGA